AUGUCUUCACGUUGGGGCAGUACUCCACAGUGUCCACGCUGCAACAAAGCAGUAUAUAUGGCCGAACAGGUUAUUGGCCCUACUGGACCUUGGCACAGAGCUUGUCUCACUUGCAUUGAUUGUAAGAAGCGCUUAGAUUCGUACGCCCUUGCAGAACAUGAUGGAGAGGCAUAUUGUAAGACCUGUCAUGGUCGUCGUUUCGGACCAAAAGGUUAUGGUUUUGCAUCUGGCACAUCUUUUCUUAGUACUGAUAAACCAGUCUCAAAAUCCAAUGGUAUUUCAAAAAAUGAUGCGGAUUCGGACAAAGUUUCACAAUCGCCACCAAAGUCGGCAACUAAUCCUUCAUCAGAAACUUAUGGGAUUUUCAGUACUAAACCUCAAUCUUCAAAAGGCCCUAAACGAAGCUGGACUUUUCCUGUUAGUAACGAUAUAUGUCCGCGCUGUACAAAAGCUGUUUACGCGGCAGAAGCGGUUAUGGGAGCUGGAAUAAAAUAUCAUAAAUUGUGUUUACGUUGCGAAACUUGCAGUAAGCUUUUAAAUUCUACUAACAUAACAGAUCGUGAUGGUAAACUUUACUGCAGUUCUUGUUACUCCAGAGAAUUUGGACCAAAGGGUUAUGGAUAUGGUGGAGGUGCGGCGUUUUUGACAACAGAAGGGACAGCCAGAUGA